GCUCCACAUUAGCUGCCCACCUCACAGUCCAUUCUGAUGCGUAGCUGCGGCGUAUACGUGAUGUUGACAUUCUGCGGAUUACUGAGCGCUGCACUGGCCGCUUGGCUGCUCGUCUCCCUAGUCGGUGCACAAGUGGGUGCUGAAGAGGAGCCCACAUCUGUGGUGACCGUUGAAUUGGCCAACGGGCAGGGCAAGGUGCUGGGCAACUUCGAUGUAACCGCAUUGACAGAUCAAAGAUUUAUGCAAUUCCGUGGCAUACCAUUCGCCGAGCCACCGGCGGGGGAUCUACGUUUUCGGCCACCUGUGCCGCGCUCGAGCUGGUCGCCCUAUACCGCCAGCGCGCUGCACUUUGCCCAACGCUGCCCCGUGAUAACCCAUUUGGAUGAUCAGACGUCCGAUGUGAAGACGGAGGACUGUCUCAAUGUCUCGGUGUACACCAAAAAUCUCACAGCCGCGCAGCCUGUGAUGUUCUACAUCUAUGGCGGCGGCUACUACAACGGUUCGGCGGAGGAUCAUCCGCCGCACUAUUUCCUCGAGGAGGAUGUGGUCCUGGUGGUGCCGCAGUAUCGCGUGGGUGCCCUGGGCUGGCUGACCACCUUCACGGACGAUAUGCCCGGCAAUGCGCCAAUUGCGGAUAUUCUGUUGGCCCUCGUUUGGGUGCAGACGCACAUCCAUCUGUUCGGUGGCGACCGAGAGCAGGUGACAAUAUUUGGACAGAGCGCGGGCUCGGGUGUGGCCAGUGCCCUGCUGUUGAGUCCCCGCACCGAGGAGCAUCUCUUCAAGCGUGCCAUUGUGCAGUCGGGUUCGAUUUUCGCCCAGUGGGCCAUCAACAGCGAUCCGCGCGGACAGGCCAUACGAAUCUGUGAGAAGCUGCGCUGCACCGGCUGCGAGCAGGAGGAUCGCCUGUGGUUGUGUUUGCGCAACUCAACGGUCAAGGACAUCCUCAAGGCCACACAGACGGAGACAUUCGCACCAGUCGUGGGCGAUCUGAUGGGCAUUCUGCCACAGCACCCCAGCGAGCUGGUGAGAACCUACAAGCGGCAGAUUCCAUUGCUCACGGGGUUCACGGAACACGACGGCUCCUUUAUACUGGCAAGCUACUACGACAUGCUUGCCGCCAAGCUGCCCAAUGUGAGUGCGCUGACGGUGCGCGAGUUCUCCGUGGGACUCAUGGAGAUGGCCAAAGAUGGCACCGGGCUGACGGAAAAUCUGCUUUAUCGUUUGCUCUUCACACCAGAGCUGCUCAACAGUCACGAUCACAAGAGCGCGGUGCCCGCGUACUUCGAUCUUACGUCGGCCUACAUGAAGUCCCCUGUGAUAACGCUGGCCACGAAGCUCUACACACAGCAACCAGCGGCGCCCGUUUAUGUCUACAGCUUCGAGUAUGAGGGAAAGUACACGCGUUUUGGCUAUGAAAUGGGCAACGAACAUUAUCCCUUCAAUGGCGGUGUGCAUCAUUCCAAUGAGAAUCUCUAUCUGUUCUCCACACAUCCCCUGGUGGGGCAGGACUCGCGGAUGUCCCAGAAAAUGGUCGAGCUGUGGACCUCCUUUGCCAUCGAUGGCAGGCCCAAGGAACUCAGUCCGCUGUCCAGUCCCAGUGGACCCUACAAUCGGCUGGCAAUGAAAAUAACAACAGGCGCGGAUCUGUUGGAGACGCUAACCGCGGCCAUAGAUGAUCCAAACAACUGGCGACUGCAGCGAGAGAAUGUGGACUUUUGAUGGCAUCUUUUCCUAUUUCUGCUUGUAAUUAGUUAAGUUCUAUAUAUCCCAUAUGCACGUA